AUGGCGGAAUGGAGUCCAACGUCCUGGACCUCGAAACCAAUCAAACAAGAUGUCACAUACGAUGACCCUGAAGCUGUCGACGCAGCAUUGGUAAAACUGCAAAGGCUGCCGCCAUUGGUAACCCCGCACGAGAUUGUCCAUUUGAAAAACAGUCUGCGGAAUGCAGCUCUCGGGAAAGCUUUCGUGCUUCAGGGCGGCGACUGUGCAGAGCUUUUUGAUUAUUGUAACCAAGACACAAUUGAGGCAAAGGUUAAGUUGCUUUUGCAAAUGAGUCUGGUCUUGGUCUGGGGAGCCAACAAACCAGUCGUCCGUAUUGCACGAAUAGCCGGUCAAUUUGCCAAACCCCGCUCAAGCCCAAACGAAACAAUCAACGGCGUCACAAUGCCCUCUUUCCGCGGUGACAACAUAAACGGCUUCGACGCAACCCCCGAAUCACGGAAGCCAGACCCAUCACGCCUAGUAUCAGCAUACUUCCACUCCGCUGCAACUUUAAACUACCUUCGUGCCGCAUUAGCGUCCGGCAUUGCCGAUCUUCACUCUCCUCUAGACUGGGGCUUGGGGCAUAUCAUUGCACCAUCGAUCAAACAAAAAUACGAGAAAAUCACCAACGCGGUGACGGAUGCCCUACGGUUCAUGCACACAGUUGGCGUUGACCAAGAUCGUCGCGUUGCAACAGCUGAUAUUUACACAAGUCACGAAGGGUUGUCUCUAGAAUACGAGCAAUGUUUCACCCGUCUCUUGCGUCACCCACCAGAAGCCUUCCCCUCACCCACCGAAUCCAGAGACGAACGACUCCGCCGAGGCUCAUCCGCCGCGAUAUCAAAGGGUUACUACGACACAUCCGCACAUUUCCUCUGGAUAGGAGACCGCACACGCCAGGUCACAGGCGCCCAUGUUGAAUUCUUCCGCGGCCUCAGCAAUCCCAUCGGCAUCAAGAUCGGUCCUACCAUGACGACCGACGAACUCGUGGAACUGCUCAACACUGUAAACCCGACUAAAGAAGUCGGCAAGGUUACACUCAUAUCCCGAUAUGGAGCGGAUAAAAUCGCGCAAUAUCUACCCGCGCACAUCGCUGCUGUACAGGCCUCGGGCCAUCUACCGGUCUGGCAAUGUGACCCGAUGCACGGAAACACGCAAUCUACACCUUCAGGUGUGAAGACUAGACAUUUUACUAAUAUCCUAUCCGAGCUCAAACAGGCGUUGGAGAUUCAUAGAGCAGCGGGUAGCUAUUUGGGUGGAAUGCAUCUUGAGUUGACAGGCGAAGCGGUUACAGAAUGUGUCGGAGGCGCGGGUGGGUUGACAGAAGAAGGUCUUUCAGAGCGUUAUGAGACGUUUUGUGAUCCGAGACUCAAUGAGAAGCAGGCUCUUGAAUUGGCGUUUUUGGUUGCGGGUUUCUACAGGGAGGAUUUGGAGAGGGGUGAGGAAAUCCUUUGA